AUGAACCCGGCGCUGGACAACCAGACAGAUGUGGCGGGCCUGCUCCUGGCCAACAGCAGCGAGGCGCUGGAGCGCGCCGUGCGCUGCUGCACUCAGGCGUCGGUGGUGACCGACGACGGCUUCGCCGAGGGCGGCCCGGACGAGCGCAGCCUGUACAUCAUGCGCGUGGUGCAGAUCGCGGUCAUGUGCGUGCUCUCCCUGACCGUGGUCUUCGGCAUCUUCUUCCUCGGCUGCAACCUCCUCAUCAAGUCCGAGGGCAUGAUCAACUUCCUGGUGAAAGACCGGAGACCGUCUAAAGAGGUGGAAGCGGUGGUCGUGGGGCCCUACUGACCGGCCCUCCCGCCGCCGCGGCAGCCGCCCCAACGCCUCCUUACUUAGCCGGCCGGGCCGCGCCCCCUCAUCAUCCGAGACCGGGCGAAGCAAACCUGUCGGAGUCAAUCAUUUCUCUCGACUUUUGCCUUUCGGGAUGAAGCGACCCGUUUCUCGCUCGCCCUCUGAAAGUCCCCAUUCCUGGCGGUAGGAGGAGAGGGCCCCGACUGGACUCAGCAGCAAGUGGCAAGAAGAGGGCAAUUAGGGCGCAGAACUUUGGAAGCUGCCGCUGGCGUGGAUGCGGGGAGACCGACCCGGCGACGGCCCUUCUCCACCCGCAGGUGGGCCACGCUCUCGGGGCAGGUGGAGCGGGCGGGCAGGGGAGAGACCCAGCGGCACCGAUUGCCUGGUGGCCCGAAAAGUGACCGGUGUACACGCCACGCAACAGAACUAAGGCGGACACAUAAAUCAGUGUCCGGAUUCGCGCCCAUUAUCUCCCGCUGCUCCCAGCCCUGGCGCGAGAUACUAUAAAUACCUUUGAUUGAUUGUAACUGUGCUGUUUUAAGGGAUUUUGUGUUUGUUUGCUUGAAUACACAUAUUUGAUAAGUCCUUUGCUGCCCUAGUGGCCUAUUUGCCUGCCUGGGGUUAGAGUUUUGUUAUCCUGGGAGAAGGGGUGGGGGGGGGAGGGGAAAGCCUGCGAAUGCUGAACGAGUGAUUUGUUUCUUUUAUUGCAUUUCCAACUAGGGGGUGGUAGGGCAGGGGUGGGGGGAGGAGGCUGACGCCCUAAUUAGCCCCGGGGCGAAGACUUGGAAUAGAACUUGUAGCUCAUGACUGCACGGUUUACGCCACAAAAGUGCUCUUGACGUUCAUGACACCGGUUUGACUUUUUUUUUUUUUUUCUUAUUUAACAUUUCCUUAAUAAAUGCAACAUUUAAGUGUUUUGCUCCUGGCUUCCUGGUGGUCAUUCUGAGCUCCGGGCAGAAGGGAACGCGUGGUCCUGAAGAGUCGGGUUACCGGCGGGGGGGAAUUCGUUUUGGAGAGCUGCAGUUCAACUCGUGGAUCUCAUAGACGAGUGAGGGUGCGGGUGAGAAGGAGAGGCCUAGGGACUAGUGAGACGUGGCCAAGCCUCAGGCACAGGAGCCAUGCUGGAGGCGGCAUCCUUUGUUUUCUCUAACAGUUAAUAUUAUAUAUUUCAUUUAGGCUCAGCUCUCUGAGCCAGGCGGGACAGCGGGAGGCCCCCGCGGGAAGAUGACACUUCCGUGCUGGGCUCCAGCGGGAACACAGGG